AUGGCUUUGCUGUCAAACCAAGGAAUGUACCAUCAAUCAACCGACAUGAUUAACAAUUAUCAAACACCAACGAGAUCCUACGAUCCACUCUAUCCAUCACCAUACAACUCACCAGAUUACGACAAUUUGCCAGCCAACUACAGAGAUCAUUAUACCGCGAAUGUUAAUAAUCUUACGCCUAGAAGAGAUUUAGAAAAUAUCGAGUUUCCAAGUGAUCAAUGCCAUGAGUAUGCUAAAACUCCCGAAGGAUAUGAAAGAGAACCUUACGGUGUGCUUACACCUUUAACUCCACAAAAAUUUGUAUCUCAUGGCUCUCUUGAACACGUGACAUCACCACGUUCAACAUUAUAUGAAGACAACUCAAUGGAGUGUCAGGUACCUGUUUAUUGCUAUGAGACACCACCGCAAGAACCCAGAUACCUCAUUGACAAUGACACGUGUCAACAGAGCAGUGCAGACUCAAGGAAAAAUUAUUGGGAACCUGUUGCAAUCCAAAGCCAAGAUUCGCCGACUUCAAGCCCAAGAAGAGGAAGAAGAAGAUCUCGCAACGUCCCACCCUCACCUAGUGUCGUAAAGCGCCGAAGAUUGGCAGCAAAUGCACGAGAAAGACGUCGCAUGAAUGGCCUCAAUGACGCAUUUGAUAAAUUGCGCGAAGUGGUACCGAGUUUUGGCGCGGACCAUAAAUUGAGCAAAUAUGAAACUCUUCAGAUGGCCCAGAGCUACAUUGUCGCUCUCUGCGAAUUAUUAGAACAGCACGAUGGUAAAGUUUGA